AUGCGCAAUCACCUACCUCAUCUUCUUCUGUUCGUUGUUGCAGUAGCCGUCUCGGGCCGUCUCCGUGAGGCCCCAAAGCACUGCAAAGUGACACGGCAAGAUGCGGACCGGCCAGCAGCAGAAGAAUGGGAUCGGCUCAACACGGCCAUCUCCGGCAGGCUCAUCAAGCCAGUGCCACCAGGGGGCACACUGCGGAAUGCCUCGCGACGCAGUCCCAGUGGCUUGAUCCAUCGUUCCAUCUUGGUGAUCCCGUCUCGGUCGAUUGGAACAACUAGGCCAACGACACGUGCGCCUGAUCCAGAGGUGGGUUGCAGCGGUGUCGGCUAUCCCUUUUGUGUUGCGAAUGCCACGGAGGCAGAGCAUGUGCAGGCAGGUGUUGACUUUGGUAGGUAG